GUGGAGAAAGAACAGACCGAAGAUGUUUCAUUUGUUAUCGAAGUCGAGCCUCUCAGCUGUAACGUAGAAUGACCAAUGUAGAUCUAUGAAAGAAGAAGAUCCUGUUAUGUGUUUGAUGUUGGAGUUAUGACUGUAGGACAAGAGGUGGAUAAGAUUCCUUCCAUUGCAUGAGCAGUCACUGAUCAUCAGCUGUUUGUCGUGCUUGCAAUCUCAGGUUGAUGUGGUCAGAAUGUCUUAGAGUACGAUGGACAACGCGAGAUUGUACAAGGUGACGGAUCUCACGACUCGGCCGGCUAAGGUGACACCUGAUCAGCUGGAGGUGACCGAGUCUGGGAAUGCUGUCAAGGUUCACUCCGAUGUGCCUCACCUGGUUAGCCUGGGUAGUGGGCGCCUCAGUACAGCUGUCACCCUACACCCUUUGCCUGAAGGGUGCACCACCAUUGGCACAAACCAGUCCAGCAGCCCUCAGGAUAUUGUGGUGCAGGGGACUGGGGUACAAGCCAACCACUGCUCCAUAGAAAACCGGCAUGGUGUCAUCACACUCCACCCGCUGGCGAAGCCUUGUGCUGUGGAUGGUUUGCUCAUUGAGAAACCCACCAGGCUGGCUCAAGGCUCUAUGAUUUGCAUUGGACGUUCCAAUUACUUUCGCUUUAAUCAUCCUCAAGAAGCUCGGAAAAUCAAAGAUGCGAUGCCCAACUGUCGGAUAUCUGUGGCUCCGCUCACAUUCCUGCAGGGGCUGGAAGAUAAUCCGGAGUACCUUAAGAUGAUAUCAGAGGCCAGUGGUACAAAAGCCAAUGGUUCUACUCUGACAGACUCGCCACUCGUAUCCCAGUCACAACCAAGACCAACGCCUCGCUCUGCUAUACCCCCUCCUGUACCUGUGAGGGAUUCCAGCAGAUCCAAGGUCCACAAGAUCAACAAGGAGAUUUUCAGAGACAGUUUAGAAAAAGACGAUUUUGUGAACAAAGUGUGCAAGUUUGAACUUAUUUCUAGGGGAAAGUCUUCUCCACGAUCCCCGACAAACAGUGGUAGCCCCUCCCCUUCUGUAGGGUCUGACCAUCAUGAGAGGUCGGGAGACUCAAGUGACAGUAGUGCAAUAUCAAGUCCAAACGUCACUUACGCAGGGGAAAAACUGUUCACCAAGGACACUGCCACAACCCGAGUGGCUUUUAGUGUUGUACAAGGUGCUCCACCAGUAACACCCACAGAUCGCAUUCCAAGUACAUGCAGCUCCACGAGUACCACAUCGUUGACAAGUGUCAGUAGUCUGGCAUCAAGUAGUAGUUCAGACACGUGUUCUAGUCACUCAUCACUGUCAUCAGGAAACAUCACCAUGACGAGCCCUGCCUCCCCCUUAUCCACCUCCCCCUUCUAUCAGCAGCCUCCUGGAGUGUACAAAGACAACACCAAACAUGUCCCGGUGAUGGGCAAUAGCUUAGUGUUUGUAAACGGAGCUGUGGUGAAUGGAGGGAACAGGGGCAGUGGUUCGAGCCUGGGAUCAGACUUUAACAAUCCGAGGCACACAUUUGAAGGAAUUGACUUUGAUAUAACAGAGCUCACUGCCAGCCAGCAAGAUCUUUCCAUGAAACAUAAGGAAAUUGUAGCUGAGAGGAAGCGUGAACAAGAGCUUGAGAAACAAGAGCGCCAGCGUUUGGAAGAAAUUUUAAUGAUGUGUGCGGAAUACGAAAAACAGGUGGAAAGUGAAAAUAAGACAAAGGACCAAGGUAAACAGCCUAUACCUGUGGGAAGGCAUUUUAAUUUGAACUUGGCUCAGAAUAUGACCACAGACCCAAAUUUGUCAGGAUCUACGGAACGAAAGGAUAAAUCUGAAUUUCGUAACUCCAUAACCAAAAUUAAAACCAAUGGGUCACUAAAUCUCCUUGCCUCUCCAAACAAUCCUCAGAAGGAGGGAACUGUUUUUGGAUUUCAGCCCAAACGCUGUGGCUCCAGUUCCUCUAACUCUGAGGAUGAACCAUUUCUCAGCUCUGAGGAAACUGGCACGAUUAAGAAAAGACCACCGCCACCAUUUGACACUACCAAGACCGACAACAAAAACUCCCACAACUUUUCCCCAGUCUCGUCGCCAUCGUUCAGGGUGGAGGCUGUGUCCAAGGUGUCACCCCCUCCACCAUUAUCAUCUGGCUCUUCAGCUGCCAGCUUUCCAAAGUUUUCAUCACCAGCCAAUCAGCCCUCAUCAAAAGACAGCAAUAAUGUGGUGUCUAGUCCACUAAUUUCUCAGGUAACGGCUGCUGAUGUCCAUGUGGAUUAUCCAAAGAUCAGCCAUGUUCCAAAACCAAACCCGCCUCCACCAAUCAUACAAACCGAGUCUCCUGAUGAUGAAAAUAUGGUGUUGAAUUUUAAAAUGGAGGACAGCCCAAAAGGAUCCAGUAAUGUGGACAGUUCCUACCAAUUGAGCUACGAGUUUGAAAACAAGCGACAUUCAGAUUCUCAGCCAAUUAUUGUGCGUGAAAUUAAAGAACUGGAUUCUGCGUUUGAUGCCAUGGUACACGAGCAGGAUCAGUUACAGAUGAUGAUAAAUGCUUCAGCUAAUACUGAUAGUACUGAGUCCAAAGCAGAGAAUACUUCUGGGCAGGUUCACUGUGAGAGCUCAGUCACUAAUGCAGAUAGUGAAACUGAAAGUGCUCGAUGUCCACCUGAGAUUAAGGUGGAGGUGACAGUUACCUGUAAUGGUGAGGACCAGGUGGACUUCAAAGUGUCACCACCCUUAAUGAGUAGCCCUAAAACUGACACCCCUAGAUCUUCUACGGAGGAACCAAAGUCUCCUGUGUCAUCUGUGGCAUUGGAUGUCCGCUCCCCGGUGACGAGUGAUAGUGACCAGAGUCUUCACCAGAUGAAGGGACCAGAGAGGGCUGCAUCGUCCAGCGGGGUGGAAACCUCCAGCGAGAAUAGCCUCCACAGUAUUGCAGACACUGAACUGAAAGGCCAUGCUCACCUGAGCAGGCUGAAGAAGAUGAAGGCUGAGCUGUUGUCGCGUAUCAAUGAGCUGAAGAAACAGAUACAGGAGAUUGAGGCUCAGGAAAACGAGGCCAUUAGAGAGUUGGAGAUGGAGAGGGCUUUACUGGAAGGGGAACACAAGAAGGAAAUGGAAGAGAUGCAGAAAGACCAGGAACACAUUGAUGUCCUCCAGGAAAAACAACAACGCCUCAUACAAAGAGCUGCAGUGGAGAGAGAGAAAGACAUGGCGGCCAUCAGACGUGAGCGUCAGAAGUUGCGUGAGCUGGAGGAGGCGCAUUAUCAGACGGAGCAGAAGCUGGAAAGCUGCACUAAAGAAGAGGAAGAUGCCCUCUUAGAUCAGUUUGCUCAGGAGCAAGAAAUGAUUGAGGCACAGAGGAAGAAGUUUGAUGACCUCGAGUUCAACCAACUUGAAAGUGAAGCUCAUUUUGAAGAAGAGAAAGAGGAAAUACAACAAGCUUUGUUGCAAGAUCAAAAUGAGCUGUUGGGAAAGUACAAGCUUAGAGAGGAAAGGAUACAGACCAUAGACAAACAGCAGCGGGAAAUGUUACAAAUGGUGAAGAAAGAUAUAGAAAUUUUGGAAGAGUCAAGGCAAAAGUUAAUUGAAGACUUCAAACAGGAAAAGUUGAAAUUGGGUCAGGUGGAGAAAAAAAUACGUGCAUAUACCAACAAUCAGUCCAUCCCAUUUGAGGCCCGCAUGGAGAAUGGACGUCCAGUGUAUGACGGUGAUGUUGAGGACAAACCUUCAAAUGAAAGUGGGGUGUCUUUGGAUUCACUGAAACUGUCUCCAACAGAAAGCGUUAUGUCAAAACAUGAGAACUUUAGGUUGGACUUCAUGAGCGAUACCUUGUCACCAGAUUCGUCAAUGAACAGCACAUUACAGGAAGUGGAGAAAAACAGGCUACUGCAUUUAGAACAACAAGGUAACACUGUGAUAGAGGAACAGAGGAAGCACCUGGAGGCGCUAAAGAAGCGUGCCGCAGAUGAAGUUCGGGCUCAGUGGGAAGAACGCAAAAUGAGGGAAGCAAAUUGUAAGAGUUUCAAUUCUUUGGAGUCUGAAGAGUCCAGUAUAGACAGCAGUUGUGAGACAACUCCAUCAGAGAAGGAGACAAGUCUGAGCAGUGGUGAAGAUCACCUGGAGAGACUGGCAGAGAUGGAGAGGCUGCUGGCACAGGCACAGACGGAGAAACUAAGAUUGAUUGAUGAACAGGUGAAGCUGCGUGAAGCAGAGAUGAGCGCGCUUCAGCUGGAGAGGAAGAAACGUGAAGAGCUUGAGCAGAAAUUACAGCAGGAGACCCAGCUGAGAGAGGAGCUAGUCCAGCAGGAGGUGAAACUCCGAGAGAAACAAAUACAGCAGGUGCGUGAAGCGCGGCCAUUGACCAGGUAUCUGCCAAUCAGGAACAAGGACUUUGACCUAAAGGUUCACAUAGAGUCUGCCGGUCACCAUGUAGAGGGCUGCCCUCACAUUAUCCUUACUCCUACGAAUUGUCGUGGCUUCCUGCAGAAAAUGGGCAAUAAGUUUAAAACGUGGAACAAGCGCUGGUUUGUGUUUGACAGAGUGAAGCGUUCUUUGCUAUACUACACUGACAAAAAUGAAGGGAAACCACGGGGUGGGAUUUACUUCCAGGCAAUAGAGGAAGUGUACGUGGACCAUUUGAGGACAGUGAAAAGUCCCAACCACAAACUGACGUUCUGUGUGAAAACGUAUGAUAGGACAUACUUCCUGGUGGCCCCAACAGCGGAGGCCAUGAGGAUAUGGAUUGACGUUAUCUUCACAGGUGCUGAGGGCUACCAGCAGUUCUUGUAGCAAACAGAUGGCCAGCACUUAGGGCUGUUUUACUGCUCAUCCUCAUCGGGUUGUGCUGAGAUGUGCAGUGGAUGAUAUGGAUGAUAUGGAUGACUGGGAAACUGGCAUUGACUAUUCAAGCGUACCAAUACAGGACCACCAGCUAGCUUCAGAUGGAUCUGUGGUACCAGUGAUGAGAAGGAAAUUUGAUGAACAGAACUUUUACAUCAGUUUAAUGCACCACUACUGGACAAAACAAUUUACCUUCUUAGUGAGUUAAGGAUGGUACCAGCUUUAAGUGACCAAACAGUGAAUGACAACUUUUCUCUUGUGAAUGAAACCUGUUGUGGCAGUAAGCCGUAAUCACUCAUUGAACCAUCUGUCUUUUAUGGCAGCUCUGGUUUCAGUGAAGCUACAAGGCAUGUGGCACGAUAGAACAGUGGGGCAUCCUUCCAUUGGCUGUUGUACUUUUCGGUAGCAUUUCGCUUCUCUGUCGAAUGGAAGGUUAACCUACUACCGCUGCCGUGUAUUUUGGGGACAAAUCUUCAGGAAUAUUGAGAUCACCAAAUUGUGAAAUGUUACACUGGUGGUCAGAAAUAUGAAACAAAAAAAAUGAUAUUGGAGGAUUUGUAUCCAGUGAUAUGAGACGAUUGUAUUACCACUGUAGUGAUGAAAUGAGAAUGGAUAUCCUACAAGCCUGAGUAAUGAAGUGACAGUUGUAUUAGCACUGAGAUAGUGGAAGGAGAACUGAUGUCCUACAGCCCUCAGUAAUGAAGUGACAGUUGUAUUAGCACUGAGAUAGUGGGAGGAGAACCGAUGUCCUACAGCCCUGAGUAAUGAAGUGACAGUUGUAUUAGCACUGAGAUAGUGGAAGGAGAACUGAUGUCCUACAAGCCUGAGUAAUGAAGUGACAGUUGUAUUAGCACUGAGAUAGUGGAAGGAGAACCGAUGUCCUACAGCCCUGAGUAAUGAAGUGACAGUUGUAUUAGCACUGAGAUAGUGGAAGGAGAACCGAUGUCCUACAGCCCUGAGUAAUGAAGUGACAGUUGUAUUAACGCUGAGAUAGUGGAAGGAGAACCGAUGUCCUAGAACCCUUAGUAAUCAACUCAAAUACAGUUACUGCAAUUAUAUCUGACUGCGUCUGUUUUAUGAAUGGUAACCGCAAACUGUUGUAUAAUAUCAGAUAAGUUUUACUCAGUGGUCGCACUGAAUGAAGGUUGUGAAUUAAGAGGACUGAGACUUGGACGUUCGUCAGUAUGGUGCAAUGUAAUGUACAUGUGUGAUUAACAAGAUGCCUUCAUGCGCCCGCACUGCAAAGUCAUUAUGUAGGGUAUGGUAUCACUAAAAAGAGUGCAGUGAAAGUGGUAGUAGACUGAACCGGUAUAUAGGCCUACUUGUACUUGUUUGACCGCGUGCUACACUGUAUACAUGUAUAUAGUCUGAAAUCAAUGGUUUGGCCAGAAUAAGCUCUUACAGACUGCAUUGCGGUGGUUACACCUUGGUGUUUCUGGUCAGCUGUUGACACCCAGGCUGCAAUGUGGUGCUCUGUAUGAUUUGCAGACUUCAGUAUCACGGUGUACAUAUGCCUUGCAAAUAGUGUAUUUAGUGUACAGACUAUUUAGUGUACAGUACUUACCAUGUUUUACUGUAUAGGAAAGCUUGCAAAUUUGCCUGGCUAAACCUCCUUGUUUGCCUUCAGUAUGUACAUGUAUAAACUGAAAAAUUCUAGCUCCAGAUCCUAAUCAGUAUAAAAUCUCAUAAAUGUUUUAUUUUAUGUUGUCUUCUUUCUCGGUGAGCAAUAGCGUUUGUAAGAAAAGGCUAUCAAAUGUGGUGCUUCACACUUGAGGUUUGGUGAAAAUGUUAGCUCAGUUACAGUUACUGGAGUGAGGAUAGUGGCUUAUGGAACUUAACAGAUAUGCCUUCUAAUCUAAGGAUACUUUUUACACUACAUAGUAAUUUAUCACUGAUUGUAAACAUUGUUGCAGAUUUGAAUGUUAUUACUGUUUUCUACUUAUUACUGUUUAAUUAAUUCAAAUCAUUAUAUAUCAAAAAUCUUAAUUGUAUGUUAAUUAUAAACUGUUAGUGAAAUAAUAUCCUCAUGAUGUUAUAAAGAUUUCACAAUCAGAUUUGGUUUUUGCAAGGUUUUUCUACUAUUGUAAGGAUACUUGAAAUGUUAGGUUUUCUUGUAUUAUACAAACUUUCACAAACAGUACAACAGCAAACUGCAUUAUGAGCUUUGUAGUGUUAACAAUGCAUUUCAGGCUGUCCAGGCAAACUUGAAGUUGGUUUGUUGUCUCUUUGUAGCUGAUUUGAAAACUUUAGAAAAACUUAAAAAGGUAAAUUUACAGAACAAAGCAGUCCCAGGGUUAUAAAGACGAAAAGAGAGACACAUUCUUGUGUUUUGUUUUUAUUUUUAAUAAAUAAUUGUAUGUAAUUUAUGUAUACAAACAAGGUUGUCAUAUUCUCCAUACUUGUACAGUGCUGUUCACAUCCAAGUGUGACAAUCUUCAUUUGUACACAUGCUUGCUUCCAACCUGAAUUAAAUGUAUUUUAUCAUACUUUA